CUCUCCACGGGUUGUCUCCCCCGCCACUCCAACUGUCUCUCUCUCUCUCUCUCUCUCUCUCUCUCCCGAGAAAACUGUGCAAAAAUGGAGACAACCAAUCUCACCUUUCCCGAUCACUUCCUCACUUCUCUUAAACACUCUCCAAUACACUAGAAACAUCUCACAAAACCCAAAAUGGCACUGCCCUCACUUCAACUAUUCCAUUGCUUGACGCCGCGGCCACCCAGUAAUGGUUGCAAAACGACAAUGGCUACGUUGUCGUCGGCCAGUGGGAAGACCGUGCUGAGGUUCUCUCCGGGGGUUUGGGGAUCGCCGGAGUUUGAUUCGUGCCGGUUGAGGGUGGUGGGUGGCGGAAAGUAUCGGACUUUGGCGGUGGUGAGUGAGGAGGGGACUGAGGUGGAGAAUGGUAGUGACGAGCAGGUUGAAGAGUUGGGACAAAAGGUUCCGGAGCGUGAUUUUACUGGGACUCCUUAUGUUCCUAUAUAUGUGAUGCUACCGUUGGGUGCCAUCAAUAUGAAUAGUGAGCUAGUUGAGCCAGAAGUUCUGAUGGAUCAACUGCGGGUACUGAAGUCUGUUGGUGUUGAUGGUGUUAUGGUUGAUUGCUGGUGGGGAAUAGUUGAGGCGCAUAAUCCACAGGCAUAUAAUUGGAGUGGCUACAAGAAACUCUUCCAGAUUGUGCGUGAUCUGAACCUUAAGUUACAGGUUGUUAUGUCAUUUCAUGAAUGUGGAGGCAAUGUUGGGGAUGAUGUACAUAUCCCACUUCCUCACUGGGUGACAGAAAUUGGUCAAAAAAAUCCUGAUAUAUAUUUUACUAAUAGAGAAGGGCAACGGAACAUGGAAUGCCUCACGUGGGGAAUUGAUAAGGAGCGUGUCUUAAGAGGCCGGACUGCUGUUGAGGUUUACUUCGAUUACAUGAGGAGCUUCAGGGUCGAAUUUGACGAAUUUUUUGCGGAAGGAAUAAUCUCAGAGAUUGAAGUUGGUUUAGGCCCUUGCGGAGAGUUACGGUAUCCUUCUUAUCCAGCACAGCAUGGUUGGAGAUAUCCCGGUAUUGGUGAAUUUCAGUGUUAUGAUCGGUACUUGAUGGAGAAUCUGAGAAAGGCUGCAGAAGCAAGGGGGCACUCCUUCUGGGCCAGAGCACCGGAUAAUGCUGGUUCUUACAAUUCCCAACCACAAGACACAGGGUUUUUCCGCGAUGGAGGUGAUUAUGAUAGCUACUAUGGCAGAUUCUUCCUUAAUUGGUAUUCCAAUGUUUUGGUGGACCAUGGUGAUCGUGUACUUUCUCUGGCCAAUUUAGCUUUCGAAGGCAGUUGCAUUGCUGCAAAGCUAUCAGGUAUUCAUUGGUGGUACAAGACUGCCAGCCAUGCCGCUGAAUUAACUGCUGGAUUUUAUAAUCCAUGCAAUCGUGAUGGGUAUGCUCCAAUUGCAGCGAUGUUUAGAAAGCAUGUGGCUGCCUUGAAUUUCACGUGUGUUGAAUUGCGCACAUCAAGCCAGCACGAGGACUUUCCAGAAGCAAUGGCAGACCCUGAGGGAUUAGUUUGGCAGGUGCUGAAUGCUGCAUGGGAUGCCAACAUUCCAGUUGCUAGUGAGAAUGCUCUUAAUUGCCAUGAUAGAGAAGGCUACAACAAGAUAUUGGAAAAUGCUAAACCACUGAAUGAUCCAGAUGGUAGGCAUUUGUCGGCAUUUACCUACCUCAGGUUAAGCCCAGUUCUCCUGGAGAGGCAUAACUUCAUGGAGUUUGAACGAUUUGUCAAGAAAAUGCAUGGAGAAGCUGCUCCAGAUCUCCAGAUUAAUUCAAAUGAAGAGCACACCGAGGACUCAUCUGCAAUUCUACAGUAGUUUAAUACUGAACUAUAGAAAUAAAUGAGUGUAUAGCAUUAUACAGGUUCGGUCACCAACUGAUCCAACCGUGUUAACUUGUUCCGGGAUCAGUUAAUAACCCCCAACCAAAUUUAGAUGAACUUAUUCAUUACAAAUGUCUGUAGCUUGCAGUGUUCAAUAAACAAAUAAUUGUACCGAGAAUUUAUUAAUUAUAUGAAAACAGAGAUGAGAAAUUAUCAGAA